AUGGACCCAGCCGACCCAAGAACACUUCACGCCGCUCUGUCAGCACACGACGUGAAAGUGUUUCACCACGAGGAACAGCUGGGUAUGGCCACCCAGAGAAUACAAGAGCUGAGAGAACGCCAGGCAGAGAUUCAGGAAGACAUCUCUACACAGCUGCAACAGCUGGCUGAAAAGAUGAAUCGUUUGAUCCCUCACCUGCGGACUGCUCCAGUGCCGGCCCCAGCAGCCAUGGUUCCGGUUUCACUUCCGGCCCCAGUAGCCAUGGUCCCGACUCCAGUUUCGGCUCCAGUACUGGCUCUUCAGCCGAUGCCAGCUUCCUGUGCCCUUUCUCUCUCGAGUCUCCCCUCGAGUCCCCUGUCAAGUCCCCUCUUGAGUCUCCCCUCGAGUCCCCUGUCAAGUUCCUUCUCAAGUCCCCUCUCGAGUCCCCUGUCAAGGUCUUUUUCAAAUUCCUUCUCCAGUCAUCUCUCGAGUUCCCUUUCAAGUCUCCCCUCGAGUCUCCUCUCAAGUCCCCUCUCGAGUCCCCUCUCGAGUCCCCUGUCAGGUUCCUUCUCGAGUCCCAUGUCAAGUUCCGCUGGGGGUCCUGCCGGCUCCAUGUCCUGUGCCGUUGGGGGCCCCGUCGACCGCUCUUCUGCCGGGGGUCCUGCCAGUCCUAUGUUCUGUGCCGUUGGGGACCCCGCCAACCGCUCUUCUGUCUGGGAUCCUGCCGGCCCUGUGCCCUGUGCCGUUGGGGGCCCCACCGACUGCUUUUCUGCCGGGGGUCCUGCCGGUCCUAUGUUCUGUGCCGUUGGGGACCCCGCCGGCUGCUCUUCUGCCGUGGGUCCUGCCGGCCCUGUGUCCUGUGCCAUUGGAGGCCCCGACGACUGCUCUUCUGCCGGGGAUCCUGCCGGUCCUAUGUUCUGUGCCGUUGGAGGUCCAGCCGACACCUGUUUCAUCGGGGGUCUUGCCAGCUCCAUGUCCUGUUCCGUUGGGGGUCCCGCCGAGACUUGCUCCGCCGAGUUUCCUGCCAACACCGUGUCCUGUCCUGUUUCGGGUCCCAUCGACACCAGCCCUUGCUCCGUCGUGGGUCCCACUGACACCAGCCCAGGUUCUGUCCAGGGUCUCGUCUGCGCCUGA